CAGUGGGGAGGAGUAAGUGUGUAGGAGGAGCGGGAGGAGGCGCUCCGCAUCAGGAGCUUUGGGAUUAUGACCAAUAACACACGUUUGUUCUCUUGUGCCUAAUUACAAUGUCAGACUGUAAAUAGACCAGCCGCUAGGUGGGUGUUACUCAUUCUCUCGCAGUUCACUCGAGCAGCAACAGCAUGCCUGAACCAGCUAAGACCGCGCCCAAGAAGGGAUCCAAGAAAGCCGUGACCAAGACGGCAGCUAAAGGCGGCAAGAAGCGCAGAAAGACCAGGAAGGAGAGUUACGCCAUCUACGUGUACAAAGUCCUGAAGCAGGUGCACCCUGAUACCGGUAUCUCCUCUAAGGCCAUGGGCAUCAUGAACUCGUUCGUCAACGACAUUUUUGAGCGCAUCGCCGGUGAGUCUUCUCGUCUGGCUCACUACAACAAGCGCUCCACCAUCACCUCUAGGGAGAUCCAGACUGCCGUGCGUCUGUUGCUUCCCGGAGAGUUGGCCAAGCACGCCGUGUCUGAGGGCACAAAGGCCGUCACCAAGUACACCAGCUCAAAGUAA